CAUCCUGAGUGAGAUCUGCAUCCUGCGUGUUUUUUUGUUCGCUUGCUUUGAACCCGGUGUUUAGAACGUUUAGCGUUGAAGCACUGACCAACCAUUGAACCCUGAACCUCCGCCCGAUGCUUCGUCCGGCUUCGAGGAAAAGUUCAUGUGUUUUUGACUAAAAUUGUCAUUACUAGUUAAAUUUCCUUCCCAUUUCCCAGCUUCAUGCUCCACUGUUUUGGGUUAAUCAGCCAAACAGAGGACGGGCCUCACGGCACGGUACUGUGGAUGGACAUAAUCAGAAACAUUUGUACCACUUCUCCACACUUGCACCAGCUAUUCUAACAAUAGCACGCAUAGCUUUGCAUGGUGCCCCGAGUCCAGCGGACCUGGAGCGCCGAUCCGAACUUUUUCCACCGAAUGAACUAACUGGCCCCGUGUCCUGGCCGGAAUUUUGGCUAUUAAUAUUCAAAUUAAGCAUUCUCCCACGGUCGAUUGUGUUACACUCGGCUUUCGCUUUCCUGCCGACUUCUACAUUGGCGCAGAAUUUAAGAGAGCGGAAAAGAUGAAAUAAUAAUCAUAAAUUUGGAGCUUUUUUUUCCAACCCCCGGCUUCGGGCGACGGGUUGACAGGCAGGCAGGCAAGCAGGCAGGCACAGGAACGGAAAUGGAGUGAGAGUCGCGGGCACGCGAGUAAACUGGAGCACCAGCUGAGGUGCGUCCGGAAAAUAUUUAAAUGAAAUGGCGUGUCAAAAUCCGGAUAAGAACCUCUCUGGCUCGGUUCGCCCGUUUGGUCCGUGCGGUCUCGACAGCGACCGGGUGAACGGGGUUCAUCCGCUGGACAGGUGGUGCGUUCGCCCUUCGUCAGCGUUGUUGAUCGAGGUGGAACGGAAUCGUGACCCGCAAUCCGUUCUUGGAGUAUUUAAAGUGCCUUGUUUUCAUGCCGAGCAUUCUUGCCCACUGCUUCGGUGUGUGUGUGUGUGUGUGUGUGCUUUUCUGUUUGUCCAAACUAACUUACCUCCCGCAGCUCAUGGUCAUACCGAUCUGCGGGGUUUCUCGCGGUCCUCACGGCUCACGCCCGCUUCUAAGCAAACAACAGAAACGGAACGCGCUUUUCUUCUCUUUCCACCGGAAAAUGUACCUGGUCUCUUGCAGUUUUUAAAAACUACAUCCUAGCCGCACCUUCCCGUCCAUGCUUCCGUGUCCUGCCCGACCGUAUGACCGCGCGUCGUCCAGGCCGCCACUCACGCGGGAAAAACUACGCGGAAAGGCACUUUCUCUUUUCAUUUCACAUCCCCUCGGCUCGUAAAAACGGGAAUUUAUGGUUGGGAAUGUUGCUACAGCAUUACUAUUACUACAACUCUCUUCGUUUCCUUUUUUCCCUCCAACGCACGGAGGAAAGAAGGCCGGAAGGACAAGCGCCUGACUCUUUUUGCUUUGCGCCCGCUCAAAUCUGUGGAGAUCCCGUGUAAAGAAAAAGUUACGCGAGUUUCCCGGGAGUUACAAUGGUAACACCGACGGGACGGAGGUUGCAUCGUUCCAAGGCCUUUUUUAUGGCCGAUAGAGUUGUGGUACUCAGACCCUCCGAACGGUCGGGACAGCAGCCGUACUAACCUUCCGCUUAGAGCUGCCAAGGAAAAUGUAAUUUGAUUGUCCACUAGAUACGUGGCACGGGGAUCUACGGAUGCCGGGAAAGUGAAGUGAAAAGUUUUGCUUACUUACCCACUGCACUUUCUAAUGUAGACACUUUGGAUGGCGGAUAAAGUUCGAUAGGGUAAAAGGGGGGGGGGGGAGCCUUUAGUACACUGGUUUUCUCUCAUUUCUCUAGGGUUCAGUGUCAAAUCACGCACGACAUGUUCCGGAAUUGCUUUAUCAGGACUGUUCGUAUUCCAUGCAAACGGAAACCGGAAGCUGUAGGGACUUGUUUACCAAAUCAAUUGGUGAUCGGGCUAGCGGUAGACUGGUUCGACACGGUAUCAGAAACUUUAGCAUAUCUCAGCAAGGAAUGGGCCAAGGAUGUGAUUUCUUUAGAAAACUUAUCAAACGGAAGUUGUUAUUUCACAAACGUUACCAUAAACUGAAUGACAUCUGCUAAAUUAACAACAGUCGCUGUGAGGAUUAAAUUCCUAGAAAUACCUGUUUUCCGUUUAAGUUUAUCACUAUUAUUCGAUUUACUAACGAAAAAUAGUAAUUAUUAUGCCUAACACAAAUGAAUAUUGAAUUCCUGCAUGUCCAUUGUCAAUAUGAUCGCUUCCCGCUGUGACAGGCGCUGUCAAAUCGUCCGAACUGUCAGAUUGCCAACACGCACACAGUUGCACAAAGUGUGUUUUUUUUAUCUGGGGCGGGUGUAAAAGUAAGAAAAAUAUUCCCGAUAAACAGCAGCUCUCUGAUUCAUCAUUAUUUGUGCGUUUUCCACGCACAAUUUAACCUACGCAGGGAAAAGUUUGCCAUCGGCAACCAACACAACGGACGCUAAAACAUGGCCGCAACACUAAAGCCUUACCUGACCGCGGUUCGUCACACCCUCACGGCGGCAAUGUGUUUGAGCAACUUCUCGUCCCAGGUCGUGGAACGGCACAACAAACCCGAGGUGGAGGUCCGCAGCAGCAAGGAACUGCUGCUGACUCCGGUAGUGAUAUCGCGCAACGAGAAGGAACGUGUGCUGAUCGAAACGAGCGUCAAUUCGGUGCGCAUCAGCAUCGCCGUCAAGCAGGCGGACGAGAUUGAGAAGAUCCUCUGCCACAAGUUCACCCGGUUCAUGAUGAUGCGGGCCGAGAACUUUAUCAUCCUGCGGCGAAAACCGAUCGACGGCUACGACAUCAGCUUCCUCAUCACGAACUUUCACACCGAGCAAAUGUACAAGCACAAACUGGUAGACUUUGUCAUUCACUUCAUGGAGGAGAUCGACAAGGAGAUUAGCGAGAUGAAGCUGGCCGUCAAUGCCCGGGCGCGUAUCUGUUCGGAAGAGUUUCUGAAGCGGUUCUAAGGGGGUCACGUUCGGUGGCCACAUUCCAGCGCAUGUCCUCUCUCCUUGUUUUCCCUGUUUUGCAAUGUUCUUCUACUGUUCCAUUAAGAAAAGCAUUUUUAAGUUUCGCCGCAAACUAGCCAAAACGUAUUUAGAAGAAGCGGUAACGAAACGUAGCGAAUAAGGAAAAGAACGUGUAUUAGUCCAUGUGGAUCCCGUAUUACAACCCCCAAAAGGAACCCCGGUUCGCGGGGAGUUCUUUCAUCAAUCGAGGAGGUAAACGCGUAACUCAUUCAGUUUACGAUUUUAUCUACCACAGGAGUUUAUAAGUUCGAUUAUGAAGAGACGGAAAUAUAAUGUUUACAACACACGAAAACAAAAUCGUCGGUACAAUA